UAAAUCUGCCCUUUGACCCCUGAGAUUAAAUAUUUCCUCAGGAAUCUGCGCUCUCUGUUCAGCCUGCUCUGCUCAGGCUGGCCUCAGUCCAACACCACACCUCCUGCAGCUGUGGGCUGAACCAGGAAGUCACUCCCACUCUCUCUGUCACGCAGUUUCAGAGAAACGAAACCUAACUCUGUCUCUGUCAGUGUGAGCAGUAAAAUGGCUGAAGGUGGAGGUUUACUGGAUCAGGACCAGUUGAGCUGUCCGAUCUGCCUGGAUGUACUGAAGGAUCCAGUGACUAUUCCCUGUGGACACAGUUUCUGUAUAGGCUGUAUUAAGGGCUGCUGGGAUCAGGAUGAUCAUACUGGAGUCUACAGCUGUCCCCAGUGCAGACAGACCUUCACUCCAAGGCCUGUUCUGGGCAGAAACAUCAUGCUGGCUGAAGUGGUGGAGAAACUGAAGAAGACAGGACUCCAAGUUGCUCCUCCUUCUCACUGUUACGCUGGACCUGGAGAUGUGGAGUGUGAUUUCUGCACUGGGAGAAAGCGCAAAGCCGUCAAGUCCUGUCUUGCUUGUCUGGCCUCUUACUGCGAAACUCACCUCCAGCCUCACUAUGACUUUCCUGCAUUAAAGAGGCACAAUCUGGUCAAAGCUACUGGAAACCUGCAGGAGAAGAUCUGCUCUCAUCAUGACAAACUGCUGGAGGUUUACUGUCGUACUGAUCAGCAGUGUAUCUGUUAUCUAUGUACGAUGGAUGAACACAAAGGCCAUGAUACAGUCUCAGCUGCAGCAGAAAGGACUGAGAAACAGAAGCAGUUGGGGGAGACACAGAGUAACUUCCAGCAGAGAAUCCAGGAGAGAGAGAAGGAGCUGCAGGAUGUGAGACAGGCUGUGCAGUCACUCAAGCGCUCUGCACAGGCAGCAGCGGAGGACAGUGAGAGGAUCUUUACUGAGCUGAUCCGCUCCAUUGAGAGAAGACGCUCUGAGGUGAAAGAGCUGAUCAGAGACCAGGAGAAGGCUGAAGUGAGUCGGGCUGAAGGACUCCUGGAGCAACUGGAGAAGGAGAUUGCUGAGCUGAGGAGGAGAGAUGCUGAGCUGGAGCAGUUUUCACACACAGAGGAUCACAUCCAGUUCCUCCAGAGCUGUCAGUCUCUCUGUGCCCCUCCUGGACCUGGAGACUUUCCCAGCAUCACUGUCAGUCCACAUGUCUCUUUUGAGGCUGUGAGGAAGUCUGUGUCUGAACUGAAAGAGAGACUGGAAGAUGUUUUCACGGUGGAAUUGAUCAAAGUAUCUGGAGAAGCGAAAGAAGUCAAUAUUCUAGAGCCCAAGACCAGAGAGGACUUCUUACAAUAUGCCUGUCAGCUCACACUGAACCCCAACACAGCACAUCAACGCCUCCGUCUGUCUGAGGGGAACAGAGAGGUGACCCGUGUGAAAGAGAUCCAGUCAUAUCCUGAUCAUCCAGAGAGAUUUGAGCACACGUCCCAAGUGCUGUGCAGAGAGGGUCUGUCUGGACGCUGUUACUGGGAGGCUGAGUGGAGUGGGGAUAUGGUUGAGAUAGCAGUGACAUAUAAAGAGAUCAGCAGGAAAGGGACGGGUGAUGACAGUGAUCUGGGAUCUAAUAACAAGUCCUGGGCUUUGCGCCGUAAUGGCGCCGGUUACUCUUUCUAUCACAAUAUUAAGCGCACUGAAAUCCCUGUUCCCCCCUCUUCCAGAAUAGGAGUGUACCUGGAUCACAGGGCAGGAACUCUGUCCUUCUACAGUGUCUCUGACACAAUGACCCUCCUGCACAGAGUCCAGACCACAUUCACUCAGCCCCUCUAUCCUGGGUUUUGGGUUCGGAAUGUUGGAAUCUCUGUAAAACUGUGUGAUCUGACGCCCUGUUCCUCGUCCCGGGCUCCGCCCAGCAGGGUGGCCUCCAUCUCCGUCCACGGGACGUCCCACUGGAUCUCCGUGGCGUCCGGCUUGGUCUGGGACCCCUCCCCUUUGGGGCCCUCUCUAUGGGAGCUGCCCAUGGGACAGCCGCUGCAGCAGGAGACUGAGGAAAGCAAGACUCCCCCCUACCCCCCCAUCCUCACCGCGUUCUACAGGGGCACCAUCGAGAGCGUCCUGACCAGCUGUCUCACUACCUGGUAUGGGAACUGCAGCGUCUCAGACCGCAAGUCCCUGCAGCGCAUAGUGAGGGCAGCCGAAAGGAUCAUUGGGGUCCCUCUCCCUUCUAUUCAAGACAUUUACACCAAACGCUGCACAGGCAAGGCCCGCAGCACAGCUGAGGAUCCCUCCCACCCCUCCCAUGCUCACUUUACCCCCCUGCCGUCUGGCAAGAGUUUCAGAGAAACGAAACUUAACUCUGUCAGUGCGAGCAGUAAAAUGGCUGAAGGUGGAGGUUUACUGGAUCAGGACCAGUUGAGCUGUGCGAUCUGUCUGGAUCUACUGAAAGAUCCAGUGACUAUUCCCUGUGGACACAGUUUCUGUAUGGGCUGUAUUAAGGGCUGCUGGGAUCAGGAUGAUCAUACAGGUGUUCACAGCUGUCCCCAGUGCAGAGAGACCUUCAUCCCAAGGCCUGUAUUAAGAAAAAGCACUAUGCUGGCUGAAGUGGUGGAGAAACUGAAGAAAACUGGACUCCAAGCUGGUCCUCCUGCUCACUGUUACGCUGGACCUGGAGAUGUGGCGUGUGAUGUCUGCACUGGGAGAAAGCGCAAAGCCGUCAAGUCCUGUCUUGCUUGUCUGGCCUCUUACUGCGAAACUCACCUCCAGCCUCACUAUGAAUCUUCUGCCUUUAAAAAGCACAAACUGGUCAAAGCCACUGGAAACCUGCAGGAGAAGAUCUGCUCUCAUCAUGACAAACUGCUGGAGGUUUACUGUCGUACUGAUCAGCAGUGUAUCUGUCUGCUGUGUGUGAUGGAUGAACACAGCGGGCAUAAAACAGUCUCAGCUGCAGCAGAAAGGACGGAGAAACAGAAGCAGCUGGGGGCGACACAGAGAGAAUUCCAGCAGAGAAUCCAGGAGAGAGAGAAGGAGCUGCAGGACCUGAGACAGACUGUGCAGUCACUCAAGCGCUCUGCACAGGCAGCAGUGGAGGACAGCGAGAGGAUCUUUACUGAGCUGAUCCGCUCGAUUGAGAGAAGGCGGUCUGAGGUGAAAGAGCUGAUCAGAGAUCAGGAGAAAGCGGAAGUGAGUUGGGCUGAAGGACUCCUGGAGCGACUGGAGCAGGAGAUUGCUGAGCUGAGGAGGAGAGAUGCUGAGCUGGAGCAGUUUUCACACACAGAGGAUCACAUCCAGUUCCUCCAGAGCUGUGAGUCUCUCUGUGCCCCUGUUGGACCUGAAGACUUACCCAGCAUCGCUGUCAGUCCACACGUCUCUUUUGAGGCUGUGAGGAAAUCUGUCUCUGAACUGAAAGAGAGACUGGAGGAUGUUUUCACGAUGGAGUUGAUCAAAGUACCAGGAAAAGCGAAAGAAGUCAAUAUUCUAGAGCCCAAGACCAGAGACGACUUCUUACAAUAUGCCUGUCAGCUCACACUGGACCCCAACACAGCACAUCAAUGCCUCCGUCUGUCUGAGGGGAACAGAGAGGUGACUUAUGUGGGAGAGAUCCAGUCAUAUCCUGAUCAUCCAGAGAGAUUUGAGGACUUUGCCCAAGUUCUGUGCAGAGAGGGUCUGUCUGGACGCUGUUACUGGGAGGCUGAGUGGAGUGGGGGUGAGGUUGAGAUAGCAGUGUCAUAUAAAGAGAUAAGCAGGAAAGGAGAGGGUCAUGACUGUGUUCUGGGAGGCAAUAACAAGUCCUGGAGUCUGCGCCGUAAUGCUCUUUACUGUUUCUGGCACAAUAAUGAGGAAACUGGAAUCCCUGUUCCCCCCCCCUCCAGAAUAGGAGUGUACCUGGAUCACAGGGCAGGAACUCUGUCCUUCUACAGCGUCUCUGACACAAUGACCCUCCUGCACAGAGUCCAGACCACAUUCACUCAGCCCCUCUAUCCAGGGUUUUGGGUUUAUACUUCUGGAUCCUCUGUACAACUGUGUGAUCUGAAAUGAGGCAGGGAGUGAAUGCGAAGAUCAGCUGUAAUUAAAGUGAGGGAAAAACACUGAAAUGCGACAGAAAAUGAGUUCAAUUAAAUGAAAUAUUGAACUUUAAAAGAUUAACUGGUUGAAAUAAAAAUGGAAUCCAGAC